UUUUAGAUAGCUAAACUGUGGCCCAGCUAGAUACACAUAUAAAGGGCAAAACUCUUAUGUAUUUUAGGAGAGAAAUUCAAAAAUGAAAUCACUGAAGGAUAUUGGUAUUUAAUCGGCUAUAUGCGACAUUGGAAAUACUCUCACGUUAUUUCUGUUUCUUUAAUCUGGACGGGAUUUGUUGUAAUUUGUCUGAGAUAAAGCGUCAACGGAAAUGGAUACAUUUGACGUUUCUGAUAGGAACAGCUGGUACUUUGGUCCCAUGUCCCGACAGGAUGCUACCGAAGUAUUGAUGAACGAACGCGAGAGAGGAGUAUUUUUGGUCCGUGACAGUAAUUCGAUAGCAGGGGAUUAUGUACUUUGUGUGAGAUUUUUAUUAUUUAGAGAAGAUACAAAAGUUAGCAACUACAUCAUUAACAAAGUUCAACAACAGGAUCAAAUCGUUUACCGCAUUGGGGAUCAAUCUUUUGAUAAUCUACCGAAACUAUUAACUUUUUACACUCUCCAUUAUUUGGAUACAACCCCUUUAAAACGGCCUGCGUGUAAAAGGGUGGAAAAAGUAAUAGGAAAAUUCGAUUUCGUUGGCAGCGAUCAAGAUGAUUUGCCUUUUCAAAGAGGUGAAGUUUUGACUAUAGUUCGAAAAGACGAGGAUCAAUGGUGGACUGCGCGUAACUCUUCAGGGAAAAUUGGACAAAUACCGGUUCCUUAUAUACAACAGUAUGACGAUUAUAUGGAUGAAGAUGCAAUUGAUAAAAACGAACCAACCAUUUCAGGAUCUAGUAAUGUGUUUGGAAGUACACUUAAAAGAACAGAUUUAAAUCGAAAACUGCCUGCAUACGCCCGCGUGAAACAGUCAAGGGUUCCAAACGCAUACGAUAAGACUGCUUUAAAAUUGGAAAUUGGUGAUAUUAUUAAAGUCACUAAAACAAACAUUAAUGGACAAUGGGAGGGAGAAUUAAAUGGAAAAAAUGGUCACUUUCCCUUCACGCACGUUGAAUUUGUCGAUGAUUGUGAUUUAAGCAAAAACUCAACAGAAAUACGCUAACUAAGAACGAAUUGAAUACAUUUUUCUUUGGACCAUUUCAAUUUUUAAGCUAAUUGUAUGAAUAAUAAGUUGUGGAAAUCAAUUGUUAACAAAAUCAGAAAAUUAUACAUUUAAUAACUAAAAUGGAAAUAAACGGGUAUGAAAGACACAA